UCCUCCUGCAGUGAAGCUCCUCCUCAUCAGUUCAGCUAAAAAUACUAGACAUUUCACAACAGAAAGAAGACAAAUCUGUUAAGACUGAGAACAUGAGUCGUCCAGAGAACCUGAGUGAUUCAGAAAACAGCAGUGAUCCGGAACCCUGCGGAACUGCACAUGAAGAUACUGAAGAACAAACAGACAAUAAAAAGAAUGAGAAGAGCGAAGACUAUAAAGUUGAAGGUACACACCUUAAUCAACGCAUGAACUCAAUCAAAUGUUGUCAAUGCAGCAAACGAUUUUCUAGACCUUCACACUUUAAGAUGCAUCUUAGAGUUCAUACGAAGGAGAAACCUUAUUCAUGUUCUGAGUGUGGAAAGAGUUUCGUGCAGCAGUCAAGCUUAAGCCUUCACCAGAAGAUCCACACUGCUGUAAAAAAGUAUACAUGCUCUGAGUGUGAGAAGACUUUUAUUAGAGCUGAUUAUUUGAAACGGCACCAGAGGAUUCACACUGGAGAGAAAACGUAUAAGUGUUCACAAUGUGACAAGAGCUUCAGUCAGUUACAAAACCUGAAAAAACACGAGAGGGUUCACACUGGAGAGAAACCUUACAAGUGUUCACAAUGCGACAAGAGUUUCAGUCAGUUACACAACCUGAAAAAACACGAGAUGAUUCACACUAGAGAGAAACCGUACAAGUGUUCACACUGCGAGAAGAGCUUCAGCCAGCCAGGACAUCUGAAGACGCAUGAGAAGAUUCACACUGGAGAGAAACCACACAUCUGUUCACACUGCAACAAGAGAUUCAUUUGUUCAGAAAACUUGAAAACACAUGAGAGGAUUCACACUGGAGAGAAACCGUACAAGUGCUCACACUGCGACAAGAGCUUCAGUCAGUCAGGAUAUUUGAAAACGCAUGAGAGGAUUCACACUGGAGAGAAACUGUACUCCUGUGAUCAGUGUCAGAAGAGUUUCAUACAGUCUGUGCAGCUCAAGAAACAUAUGAAAUUCCACACUGAAGAUAAGCAAAACUCAUGAGAUAAGUGGAGUAAGACUGGAAAGAUUAUUCAAUUGUAUUGUGCAUUUAUUUUAUUAAUAAACUUUUACUCUUUGAUUGAAGGUUCUCU